AUGACCGACGACAAGCCUCUCGGGCGCUACCAAGAUAUCGAGCUUGGACGGCAACAAGACAACUCGAGCCACGCGUCAAGAGACGCAGAGCGCAAGAGGGUAGACAGGGAUGAGAAGAAUGUGGAUAUACCUGAUACGGACGCGCAUGUGGUCGUGCUGCCGUGGAAGAGACGUGAUGGGUGGGCGGGGUGGAUGGGGGAUACGGUGACGGCGGACUCGUUGGUUUGGAGUUUGAUCGUCCAAGCUUUCUCUACUGGGCUACUUGACGCUACUACGACGCUGGAUUUCAACACGUUUGCGUCGAAUCAGACAGGAAACACUAUCCUGUUGACAGUCGCAAUCGUCAGACUAUCCCGCCAUCAGCUAUUGUUGACUGGUAUAUCUCUAGCGAGUUUCUUGAGCGGCGCUCUCGUGUUCGGCCACCUUGGUCAUCUGUUUGGCGUUCGCCGGAGAGCAUGGCUCCUCGCCAACGUCUUCUUCCAAAUCAUCUGCCUCAUCCUCGCCAGCAUCUUUCUCUCCCCUUCCGGUCCUUCCCUCGCCCGCCUCGGCUCUAAACACGAAUGGUGCAUCAUCAUGCUCUUUGCAGCCAUGUCUGGCGCCCAAGUCGCCGCUGCCCGCCAAGCCUCCGUCGCAGAGAUCCCGACGGCGCCGAUGACUUCGUCCUAUGUCGAUCUCGUGAGCGACAAGUAUCUCUUCUAUGGCUUUACGCAUGAAAAGGCCGGGGCGAGGAAUAGGAGGCUGGGGUAUGUGUUUGCGAUGAUUGCGGGGAGUUUUAUUGGGGCGGUGAUGCACAAGUACACGGCGAGCUGGAUCGCGGUGGUGAUAGCGUUGGGGUUCAAGUUGGUGGUGAUGGGGAUGAUGGCCAUGGCGCCGAUGGAUCCGAGGAAGGAAAAGAGGUAG